CGCGACCAUGAGUUUCUGCGACGACUGCUUCAAGGGCAUCAAGCACGAAGGCACUCCCGAGGGCCGGAUUGAGGAAAUCGCUGGUAUUGAAUGCUAUAUCGCUACUCCCGAGGGUGACUACGCCAAGGACGCGGUCGUGGUCUUCCUGACGGACAUCUUUGGUAUCCAGCUCGUGAACGCCAAGCUCCUCGCAGACGACUUUGCGCGCCACGGUCUCAAGGUCGUCGCGCCCAAUCUUUUCCAGGACCCGGCCCCGAUGGACGCGUUCGGACCUGGCAGCACGUUCAACAUGCAGGAGUGGUUCGGUCGCAACGGCCCCGACUUCUCCGAGCCCCGCAUCCGCAAGGUGCUCGCCGCCCUCAAGGAGCAGGGCGUCACCAAGAUUGGUGUUACUGGCUUCUGCUACGGUGCCCGGUCGGGCUUCAACCUCGCGUUCGAGAACGCGAUCACCGCGCUUGCGGUCUCGCACCCGUCGCUCCUGCAGAUCCCGAAGGACAUCGAGACGCUCAAGGAAAAGUCGAACGUCCCGGUGCUGAUCAACAGCUGCACGAUCGACACGCAGUUCCCGAUUGAGUCGCAACAGAAGACGGACGAGCUGCUAGGCAACGGACAGUACAAGGCGGGCUACGAACGCACGUACUGGGAGGGCUGCACACACGGCUUUGCCGUCCGCGGCGACCUGAGCGACCCGAAGGUGCUUGCUGGGAAGGAGGGUGCGUUCAAGGCGACGUGCAACUGGUUCCACAAGCACCUCCUCGGCAAGAACUAGAGUGCUCGAGGGGCAGGCGAGAUAUGCGCAGCAGCUUGUAUUAUAUGUUUUACACAAACUAUACAUUGUGCUUUCA